GGUCUGAUCCGUCCGCCGGCCGCUCUGUGUCUGCAGAGACGGGGCUGAAGGCUGAGUACGGUGCCUGCCCAAACCAGGCAAUUUUACACCUGCAGGACCAACGGAUGAGGGAAACGGUGAAGCCAGACAUAUCUGAUGGCACACAAGCCUUGCUGUGACUCUCACAAAUAGAAACAGGUCAGGUCCUCCUAUCUGCCCUCUUUUGAAUUGCAUCAAUUCCGAUUAUGAGCCAGAAAGAAGAAAUGGAGGAUAGCUCCCCACCACUCUGUGUCACCUGCGGCCAAGCACAUUUACCAGAAGAAAACCACUUGUACAGCUACACCGAAGUAGUAGAUGAUGAUCUGAUAUGCCACAUUUGUCUGCAACCUUUGCUUCAGCCGUUAGACACGCACUGUGGGCACACCUUCUGCACAGCCUGCCUUACGAACUUCCUUCUGGAAGAAGACUUCUGCCCCAUGGACCGCAAACUUGUGAUUCUCCAGACAUGCAGGAAGUCCAGCAUACUAGUGAAUAACCUCCUGGACAAGCUAAUGGUUAGCUGCCCUUUCACAGAACACUGCUCGGAGGUCAUGCAACGCGGUCACCUCCAACAGCAUUUCCAAACCCAAUGUAAAGGAGCAUCCCACUAUGGCCUUACCAAGGAACGGAAGAGGCGUUCCCAAGACUGCUCUCCAGACCACGGCUCCAGCUUGGCAGUAGCUGCCCUGGGCUCCGAGCUCUCAGCAGCUGCAGCCAUUGCCUUAAUGACAGAUGAGCCAGGGCUGGUGAACCCGGCCUUCAGCCCCACCUCAGAGGACAGCCAGUCGGGUAGCAGCCCUGGAGACCUGCAUCGCAGCAACCGAAACAGAACUCGACACUUUGAACGCUCCACUAUAAGAAGCAGAUCUUUUAAAAAAAUAAACAAGGCGUUCAGUGUUCUUCGAAGGACAAAAAGUGGAAGCGCCGUUUCCAACCAGGCUGACCGGGAAAGGGAGACUGGUGGAAACUCUGCUGCUGGAGAGGAAGGUUCAGAAUGCUCCAUACAACCCCCGGUGACAAAACCACAACACUCUGUGGAAAUACCUGCAAGAAUCACCAAAAACAAGAUAGAAAGUUUACUUCUUUCUAGAUUCAGCAGCUCUUCGAUAUUUAAGGACUGGAAAUAUAAAAUGGUAAAGAAAGGUUUUCCCAGGUUGUAUCACCUGAUUCCAGAUGGGGAAAUUACCUGCAUUAAGAUCAACCGUACCGAUCCCCAUGAAAACCUGGCCAUUAGGAUUGUGGGAGGCAGUGAGACUCCUUUGGUUCACAUUAUUAUACAGCACAUUUAUCGAGAUGGGGUAAUUGCCAGAGAUGGAAGAUUGCUGCCUGGAGACAUGAUACUAAAGGUAAAUGGCAUGGACAUCAAAAAUGUGCCUCACAACUACGCCCUGUCAAUCCUGAAGCAACCCUGCCAUGUGCUCCGACUGACAGUGCUCCGAGAGCAGAGAUACCGGUGCCGAAACAGCGGACUUUCCCUCGGUGCUCACUGCAAUAGGGAUGACAGUUUCCAUGUUGUGCUAAACAAAAGCAGUCCAGAUGAGCAGCUGGGAAUAAAGCUAGUCCGCAGGGCCAAUGAGCCAGGGGUAUUUAUUUUCAACUUGCUGGAAGGCGGCGUGGCUGCCCGUGAUGGACACCUUCAGGAGAACGACAGGGUAUUGGCCAUCAAUGGGCACGACCAUCGGUAUGGCAGUCCAGAGAGUGCAGCCCAGCUGAUACAGGCCAGUGAGAAGCAGGUUCACUUUGUCGUGUCGCGGCAGACCAGGCAGCAGCCCCCUGAUAUCCUGCAGGAGACAGGCUGGAGUUACAGCAGUGGCAGCCUGCAACCCUGUCCCACCGAGAGAAACAACCCCAUCAAGAGCGCCCUUCAUGCCGUCACCUGUCAUGAAAAGGUGGUGGCUGUGCGGAAAGAUCACACAGAAUCGCUGGGAAUGACUGUAGCAGGCGGAGCAUCUAACCGGGAAUGGGAUUUGCCUAUCUAUGUGAUAAGUGUGGAACCUGGAGGAGUUAUCAGCAGAGACAGCAGGAUAAAAACAGGUGACAUCCUCCUGAACGUGAACGGGAUUGAGCUGACGGGGGUCAGCCGGAGCGAGGCUGUCGCCCUGCUGAAGAACACCAACUCAUCGGUGGUUCUCAAAGCCCUGGAGAUGAGAGCGUGUGAAGCCCAGGAGGAGCGGGGCCACCUGCCACCCCCUGAGGCCACGCAGGCGACCUCUGAGAGCAGCGAGUGGUCACCUUCCUGGGUGAUGUGGCUGGGGCUGCCACGGUAUUUGUACAGCUGCAAAGAAAUCGUAUUACGAAGAAAUACAUCUGGAAGUCUUGGCUUCAGCAUCGUAGGAGGUUAUGAAGAACACACUGGAAACAAACCAUUCUUUAUCAAAUCCAUUGUUGGGGGAACACCAGCGUAUAAUGAUGGCAGAAUUAGAUGUGGCGACAUCCUCCUUGCCGUCAAUGGCAGGAACACAUCAGGAAUGCUGCAUGCCUGCUUGGCAAGGAUGCUCAAAGAACUGAAGGGAAAAAUUACUCUCACAAUUGUGUCCUGGCCUGGCACCUUUUUAUAAAAUAACUCUUUGUGGAGAGGAACAUCAGUUUUUGCUUUUUGGGAAGGUCAAGUACAUAUUUGUAAAGAAAACGUUUGUGAAAUUUCAAUUUGCAUGUCAAGAAAAGUCAAAUUUAAGCAAAGCAGGGACAUGUCAGAAAAUCACUUCAGAGUGAUUUAAGCUACAGACUUAAGUCUUUCCUUCCCCAUAUUCUUAAGGGUUUUUUUGUUGUGUUUCUUUUUUUUAUAUAUAUAUAUUUAUGUAUAUUUAAUGCAUUAUAAUAAUAAUGAAAUUUCAGGAGCAGCAGCUCUCCUGCUCACCCACUUUAUUUUGAUUUACAAAAAGAAAUCCUUGAAUAACUAAUGGAAAAAUUUCUUGCAGUUUUUUUCUAGUUGCAAAAAUGAGGUGAAGGUUUUUAUCCAACACAGUAAUAGCACUUUGAUUAUGUGUACCUUUUCAUGGUCAGCAUGAAGCUGGUAUUUUCAAGACUUUCAAGUACUGUUAGUCUGUAAAACUGUGAAUUAAAUUUCUAAAAUAAUUAAAAAUAACUGUAACUGU